AUGGAACCUAAAGGCAACCCUAACGUCCCCGGCGACCGCAAGAUCAACAAAAAGACCGCCGCCUCCUCCGCGACUGUGAAACCAAACAGCAAGUCUCCUGCCUCUUCUCCGAUUGUUUCAUCUGCCCUUUCGACGAAAUCAAAAGCCGAAACCGCUCUCAUUCAUGAAGAGCAGGGGUCGUAUAGACCUCCCAUUCAUGCCGAAAACCCGAAUGUGUUUAAUGCUUCUAACGGACAUGAGAGAUACAAUAGGUCUACACGUCAAGUUGCUUCUACAUUGGGUUACAUUCUUCAGAUUCUUUUUCAAACUUGUGCAGGAGCUGUAUUGCUUACAGAUGGUGUGUUUUGGUUCAUCAUCUACCCUUUUCUCACUUCCAAAGAAUUCAAUCUAGAUUUUUGGUUCCCAUUGUUUAGGAUUUCAUACUUUGUGUUAUGGACCGGUGUAUUCGUUAUACUCCAAUGGAUUGUUCAUGCUUGUGUCUCCUUCUGGCAUGCUGCUGUUGGGUUGAUGCACGUACCGUGCUUUGGAGUCUUUGCUUUGAUCGUGAAAUUGAAGUACAUGUGGUUCUCUAAAUGUUUCUCAGAAGAACCAUAG